UUAAUUUUAAUGCUGUUCGCUAUUCUUUAAUGUUUAUCUAUUUUAGUGUUAUUGUGAAUAAUGGGCUGCUCACAAUUUAAGUGUUUUUAUUGUGAUUAAUAUUGUACCGAUGAUGAAGUUAUUGUUUAUUACGUUGUUUAUUUUCGGAUCUUGCGGCUUUGUGUCGCUAGAGGCUAAAGGCGAACAGGAUAGUACGGAGUUGUCUCAGGUGUUGGAUGAUCGACCACUUUUAUUUGCCACGUUAGGGGGCGGCAUGGUUGCUGUGGAACUUCUCACAGGAAAUAUUAUAUGGAAACUUAAAGACGAACCGGUGGUGAAAGUCCCCAGUCAGCAUGCAAACCUGAUGCCGCAGUUCUUGCCUGAUCCUCGGCAUGGCUUUCUGUAUAUGUAUGGGCCGCGUGGCGACCAGCAAAUGCUUAAGAAAUUGCCCUUCACGAUUCCUGAGCUGGUGGCAAAUGCCCCAUGUCGCUCUACAGAAGGCAUAUUGUAUACAGGGAAGAAAAGUGACACAUGGUUCAGACUAGAUCCUUUAACUGGUUCAAGGGAACAUGUUUCAGGUUUCGAUAAAUCCAAGAUAUUCAAAAGCGACGACGAGGAGACGUGCGGCACAGACAAAAGUCGAGGCAUAUAUGUUGCUCGCACAGAAUAUAACAUUCUCAUGCAUGACUCCAAAGAUUCAAAUCAAAAAUGGAACGUUACCUUCUUUGAUUAUACGUCUCAUGCUAUGGGAAAAGAGAUGCUAAACGAUUAUGGCAUAAUACAUUUCACGUCGACUUCAAAUGGACGGGUAAUGUCAUUUGACCGUAAAACGGGCGACCUCGUGUGGUCACAUAACUUCGAGACACCCAUCGUGGCCGCGUAUCUGCUAGACAGGGAAGGCCUUAUAUCAGUACCUUUCAACUCUAUCGGGGAUGACACCCUGGAUCACAUUAUGGAGGAUGCAAAUACAUUGAGUAAAGGUCAGGGAAUAAAAAACUCUAACAUCGAACUGUACCCUACAUUGUAUGUAGGCGAGCACAACCAUGGCCUUUACGCACUAUCGUCACUAGUAGACAAGAAUACUGUUACUAUAUCAACUGGACAUACGCAGCCAUUGUUGAUCGAGGGCCCUGUGUCUGAGGAUGCGAAUAGCGAAGCGCUUAGACAGGAAGCAUUUACAAAUGUCCAUUAUCAAUUAAACGACUUAAAUUUGCAUGUAUCAGCACCGUAUUUAUUGUUGGGACACUACAAAGUCCCUGAACUGACGACCUCCUGGAUUCCUCAGCUGCCAAAUACGCACUUUUUGAAUACGCGCCAACCGAAAAGUGAUGCAAUCAAAUUAAUUAAUGGGCAAGUUCACUCUGACGCAGAUAAGGAUGUGGAAAACGAAACUAAUCUGAAAUCUAAUUCAAUCAGCGUGUCCGUACAAACAGAUGAGUUAUUUGAAAAAUUAAAUUUUAGACCUGAUUUAUGGUACAAACAGGGCUACAUAUGGCUCCACCAGCAGGAGAAUAAAGUAUUGAAAGUGGUCCUCAUCAUAUUGGUCGGAUUGGUCAUCACGCUGUUUUGGUAUCUGAGAUAUCAGGCUCGCGAGUUCCAGCAAUUGUCACAAGGUGGCUCCCGAGGGUCCACUGCCUCGACAUCCUCCAACGGGGAAGUGACAGGCCAACUUGUCGAGGUUGGUGACGGGGAAGUGCGCAUUGGCAGGAUAAGUUUCCAUACCGAUCAGGUCUUGGGAAAAGGCUGCGAGGGUACCUUUGUGUACAGGGGUACAUUUGAUAAGCGUGACGUAGCAGUGAAGAGACUGUUGCCUGAAUGCUUCACGUUCGCCGACCGCGAGGUGACGCUGCUGCGCGAGUCGGACGCACAUGCUCACGUUGUACGCUACUACUGUACCGAGCGUGACAAGCAGUUUAGGUACAUUGCAUUAGAGCUGUGCUCAGCUACUUUACAAGACUAUGUGGAGAAAAAGUUAAAUUUUGAGUGUCGGAUAGAUGGUGUGGAAGUGUUAAGACAAGCUACUAUGGGAUUGUCCCAUUUGCAUUCCAUGGAUAUAGUACAUAGAGAUAUAAAACCGCACAAUGUAUUGCUGUCAAUGCCAACCGGGUCUGGCGAGGUGCGCGCUAUGAUAUCAGACUUUGGUCUUUCUAAGAAGCUGAACAUCGGCCGCGUAAGUUUCUCUCGCCGCUCUGGAGUCACCGGCACUGACGGUUGGAUAGCGCCCGAGAUGAUAAACGGGGAGCGGACGACUACAUCAGUAGAUAUAUUCUCAUUGGGUUGCGUAUUUUAUUACGUCUUGGCCAAAGGACAGCAUCCCUUUGGUGACGUGUUGAGAAGGCAGGCGAAUAUACUCACAGGCGACUACACUUUAGAUCAACUAGAUAAAAUGCUACCAGAUGAAGAAGUGUUAUUAACGAAAAUACUGAUCCGUUCUAUGAUAUCAGCGAAGCCUCAGGCACGACCACCUUGCGAGACUGUAUUAAAGUAUCCCAUGUUCUGGGGCAAGCAGUGCAUCCUUAAUUUUUUGCAGGAUGUAAGCGACCAGGUGGAGAAUAGCACCGGCGGCGCUGCAGGCGCGACUCACCCGGUGGAGACGGGCGCACGUGGUGUAGUGCGCGGCGACUGGCGACUGCACGUGUGCGCCGCGCUGGCAGGAGACCUGCGCGCGCGCCGCUCCUACCGCGGAGACCGCGCCGCGCACCUGCUGCGUGCCAUCCGCAACAAGAAACAUCACUAUCGGGAGUUAGAACCUGAAGUUCGAGAGAAACUAGGAAAGCUACCUGAUGGUUUCGUAACGUACUGGCUACGACGGUUCCCUCUGCUUCUGCCCCACGUGUGGCUACAGAUGCAACCGUAUCGACAUGAGGAUCUCUUACAAGGUUACUAUCCGCAUUCAUUUACAUUUAACAGAGAAGAUGUCAUUGAACUUAGUAAUGAUAGUAAUUACGAAGAAGAUUUAGCUUUAGAGCUGUGUGAUUCUGAAAAAAAUGAUUUAUUCGUCAAAAGCAGGGUAUAUUAUGACGAAAACGAUAGAGAGAAAUCCUAUAGAUAUUAUAGGAAAGACGGCUCGCCUCAAAAGCGUGCCGAUUGGAGAAGUGAGGCCAGAGAUUUCAAAGCGAGACAAGAUGAUGUCAGAUUAAGAGAUCGACAUCAUUACAAAAAGAAGGAGAAAAAGAAAGAAGACAUCCCAGUUUGGACAUUGCCCCAUCAGUGAUAUAAUUAAGAGCACAAACGUAAGUUUAUCUGAUCAGAAAAAUAAGAAUUGCUAUCAGUUGUUGCGGGCAACACUGAGCAUGCCAUUUUAAUACAUGUUUGUUAAGCUAAAAGUUUCUUUUUUCUGUAAUAGAAUAUAGACUUUGUUAGGGACAAAUAAUAUAGCCAUGCCAAUAUAAAAAAUCACAACUAGCAAGAACACAUGACUAUUUAUAGUAUUAGUAUAAAGGACUAUUGAUUGCUCUUGCUGAUUCAUGGACUAUUGGCUAAACUUGUUUACACAUAGACAGAAGACUGUGAUUUCUUUUACUGUCAAUUACAGUAAAAGUUAAUUUAAUUUCUUUUACUGUAAUUGUGAUUAAUACUUCUAGCUGUACUAUAUAUUUAUUUAGUUAUAAUUAGGUUUGUUACCGGUGUGUUGUUUAAACACCAGGUACUCGUUGAGAGGAUUCUUAAAAAUCGACCUGGACCGAUCGGAACUUUUUGAGUGGUAAACUAGGGAGGCCCUUCGAUAAAAUUUUGGUUUCCAUUGGUCAAGCCGUUUCGGAGCCGUAUUGUUACAACGAGCGAAAAUCUGAUCUUUAAGAUGGCUCCGCGUAAUAAACACAACAAAAAGUAACGUAACAUGAAUAAUUUUAAUUUUUUUGAUCCGAUUACAAUAAUUACGCACAGUUUUAUUGUUUACAUGUGAUUUUUAUCUAUCAAUAUACAAAAUUCUCAGAAAAUUACGUAAUAAU